AUGCCUCUCGCCCAUGGCUCCGCACGUUCUGCCCCGGACAUCCAGCCUCGGGAGGACGCUCGACGCAAGCGCUUGGGGAGGGCCCCGCGGCGUUGCCAUGGCUACGGGCGCCGUGCUCCGCGAUGCCGGCGUGCGCUUCCAGGGCGGGGCACGGUCUCCGGUAACUGUCCGCGGUCUUCGCGGUGUUUGCUGCUGGGGGAGGCGGCUUGGUCACAGGCCUCGGCCUCGGGCGACGAGUUCUGGCCUGGUCAGUCGGUGGCCAACAUCCUGUCAGGAGCGGCGUCCCACAGACGGUACCUUCUGUGCGACGUCAACUCCCCAGAGGGCCUCAGCCUCCACAGGGACAUCGGCAUCCACAUCGCCUUCCUCCUGAAGACCCUGCUGAAAAUGGAGGAGUCAGUGCUAGUGCUGCCCCCCUGGGGCCGCCUCUACCACUGGCAGGGCCCCGACAUCCACCAGGUCUGGAUUCCCUGGUAUGACGUUUUUGAUCUCCCAAGUCUCAACAGAAACAUCCCUGACAUUGAGUACAAGCAGUUCAUUGCAGGUGAAGUGAUGGUCAUUUAACUGGGGUCAGGCGGUUGUUGUUCUGGUUCCAGUGUGACCAUUGGUCCAUCUUGCUUCGGACCUGAAGUUCUGCCUAGGGGCCUGCUCAUGUUUCCCACACUGCAGGUGAAUUUAUUCUUUCCAUAGCUUUUCUCAGGAAAUAGAUCUGAAGUGUAUGACUCUGUGUCCCCUCCCCUCUGAAAACAGUGUCCUCCUGGUGAGAUGGAGCUGUUGCCACAAAGGACUUGUCCCAGCAGGGCUCUCUUCCUGUGCAGCCAGGGCCGUUCGUAUCUGAAGGGAAACACGAUGUGUGUGUAGCAUGGGCCACGUGCUGGAAGAGAUAUGUAAC